AUGGCAUCAGGAUUGUUGAGAACAUUUACCGGGGUCGCAAAAUGCGCCCGUUUUGGCGUGCAAGGUCCAUUGUCGAUGAGAAUGGCUUCCACUAAAACUAUGACCGUUCGAGACGCUCUUAACAGUGCGAUGGCAGAGGAAAUGGACCGUGACGACGAUGUUUUCAUCAUUGGUGAGGAAGUUGCGCAGUAUAACGGAGCUUACAAGGUCACGAAGGGCCUUUUGGAUCGUUUUGGCGAACGCAGGGUCGUUGACACCCCAAUUACCGAAAUGGGGUUAGCCGGUCUCGCUGUCGGUGCUGCACUCAAAGGCUUGAAACCAAUCGUUGAAUUCAUGUCAUUCAACUUCUCCAUGCAGGCCAUCGAUCAAGUGGUCAAUUCGGCUGCCAAAACCUACUACAUGUCCGGUGGUACCCAGAAAUGUCAAAUCGUUUUCAGAGGCCCCAACGGUGCUGCCGUUGGUGUCGGUGCGCAGCACUCGCAAGACUUUUCCGCUUGGUAUGGUUCCAUUCCUGGUAUGAAGGUUUUGGUGCCUUACUCUGCUGAGGACGCAAGGGGUCUUUUGAAGGCUGCCAUCCGAGACCCUAACCCGGUCGUCUUCCUUGAGAACGAGCUUCUGUAUGGUGAAUCUUUUGAGAUUUCCGAGGAGGUUUUGUCGCCUGACUUCACGUUGCCAUACACUGCCAAGAUUGAGAGAGAGGGUUCUGACAUCUCGAUUGUCACCUACACCAGAAAUGUGCAAUUUUCUUUGCAAGCGGCAGAAAUUUUGGACAAGCAGUACGGUGUUUCUGCCGAGGUCGUCAAUCUACGUGUCAUUAGACCAAUGGACGUCAACGCGAUUAUCAACACUGUCAAGAAGACCAAUCACAUGAUCACCGUUGAAUCCACAUUCCCAUCCUUCGGUGUUGGAUCCGAAAUCAUUGCCAAAGUUAUGGAAUCAGAAGCCUUCGACUAUUUGGAUGCUCCUAUCCAAAGAGUGACCGGUGCCGACGUGCCAACUCCAUACUGCAAGGAAUUGGAGGAUUUCGCUUUCCCUGACCCUGACACUAUUGUUCGCGCGGCCAAAAAGGUCCUUUCAAUCGAGUAA